UGAUCGAUAACUGGCCAAAAUUUCUGUCUUUUUCAGACAUGGAUAACCCUGGAGUCCACUGGUGACUUGACAUGGGAUUUGCCCAGUAAUUUUCGAAAACUGACCAAUAUCUGUGUCCUUUUUCAGAAAAAAGGAUCACUCUGGAGUCUACUGGUGACUGAAGAUGGGAUCUGUUCAAUAUCAGUAUGCCGUGAUAUGGUUUGCUUUAGGAGUGACAUUAAUAGUCCCACUUCUUAUAUUCAUUCGCUAUAAUGUAAACUUUGAUAAAACUAAACCAGUCGAAAACACAAACAUUGUUCUACUUAGUUCAGAAGAGACACUAGGGAAAAUAAUCACACGUGAAAAUAACCUUGGAUGGAAUAUAUUAGAUGAAGAAACCUGUCAAGCAAAAGAUAAUUUUGUCCUUAAAAAGAUACUGCCUUUGAAUGUACCUAUAUAUAUUUAUAAUCCUAAUGAGGAUGUUCACAUAUCUCGAAUGAUCUUUAAUUCUGGUACAUGGGAAACCCCGCUGGUUGACAAGGUUGUCGAAGCAAUGAAACUUCACCCGGACGCAGUGUUUAUUGACAUUGGUGCUAACAUAGGAAUGUAUUCUAUGACAAUGGCGGCUCUUGGUUAUCGCGUUAUUGCAGUCGAUUGUUAUAUAGAGAAUGUAAUGCGGUUGUGUGCCUCCGCAAGGAAAGCAAACGUUACAAACAAAAUGUCUAUUAUUCAUAAUGGAAUUUCAGACAAGCGAUCGGAAUUAAGAUUGAUUAAAUCAACAGAGCCUAAUGUUGGCGGAAUGGGAGUAGAACAAAUAUCGUCAACAUCAAAUGUAACUCACAAUUUAACAGCUAAUGCCAUACUUUUAGAUGAUUUACUUGAAAUAUUUCCCAUUAAAAAUGCAAUAAUAAAAAUGGACGUUGAGAAGCAUGAAGAUGAAAUACUUAAAGGUGCCAAAAUAUUUUUCGAAAAAGUUAAAGUUGAGACAGUUUUAUUGGAAUUUCGAUUCCAUAGAAAAGAUGAAACAGGACAGUUUAUAAUUGACUUUUUUGAUAAACAUGGAUUGACACCGAAUUUGUCAAAGCUUGUUAACGCAUCCGAUUAUAGUACAUGGCCAGGAGAUUUGAUUUGGAACAGGAAAAAAUAACAACUUGAACAUUUAAUUUAUUAACAUUUGUUUUUCAUUUCAAACUGCCAUUUUCAGAUUGUAACAAAUGUGUAAGCUAUAUCUGUUAUGAAUUUGAAUAUUUUUCAUUAAGGACCGAUGAUGUGUAACCUAAACGGGCGGCUGGGAGGGAAUAAAUUUUUUGAGAAUGAAAAGGAGGAUAUCCAAUUUUUCGACACUUCAUAUGGAAAGCAACGAAAUUACGAAAAUCGAGCAAUUCUGUUUUUCAAAGCGACACAAAUGAUAAAUGAUGUGUAGAAAAUGUGGAAUACUGUAAAUAGGUAUCUGAUUCUUCAGGAAAAGUGUCACUUGAUUCAUAUGUCUGAUCUAUAUGUUUUGUGUCAUAAGUUUUGUCUUUAAAUCCAUUUCAAUGUUUGUUUACUGUGAGUCAUGACCAUCUUUGGUUAAUUUGUUUGUUAGAAAUAUAUCUGGGAUUGCUGCAUGGUUCGAUGUUUUAGUUUUUGCAUUUUUUCGGAGCUUUUCAGAUCAUAAACAUAAC